AUGAAGGAAGCACUUAUCGACAACGCCCUCCGCGUGACGGUCCACGAUGUGCCCGUCCCAGCCCCUGGCCCAGGCCAGCUCCUGAUCCGGACCGUGGUCUCGGGGACCAAUCCUAAGGACUGGAAGAUGCCAAAGGUCUGGGCCCCCAACGCCGAGCCUGCCAACCACGGCGACGACAUCGCCGGUUACGUGGAAGCAGUGGGCGAGGGCGUCUCGGGCUUUCAGAAGGGCGACCGCGUGGCCGCCUUCCACGAGAUGGGCACUCCUCACGGGAGCUAUGCCGAGUACUCGAUCGCGUGGGCUCGGUCGACUUUCCGCCUACCGGACCAUACUACUUUCGAAGAGGCAGCAACGAUCCCUCUGGCCGCGAUGACGGCCGCUCUCGGGCUCUACCAGACACUCGAUCUCCCACUCCCCUGGAACCCGGCCACUCAGCCCCUCCCUCUGGUCAUCUAUGGCGGCGCAACCGCAGUAGGCUCCUUCGCCAUCAAGCUGGCCGCGCUCUCUGGCGUCCACCCCAUCAUCGCCGUCGCUGGGAAUGGCAUCCCGUACGUCGAGACCCUGCUCAACAAGGACCGAGGCGACGCAGUCAUCGACUACCGCAAGGGAGAAUCCCACGUCAUCGACGAGAUCGAACGCAUCGCGGGCGGAGACGCGGUCCUCCAAGCCUUCGACACCGUCUCCGAGACACGGACGCUUCUGGCGGUCGAUAAGGCUCUCGCGCCCGGCCGGGGUAGGAUCGUCACCGUCCUGCCGGUGCCAUCCAAGGAGGUGUCCGCUACGGUGACCAACAUCAUGGUCGGAACUGUUCACUCGCCGAGACCGGGUCCAGGGGCGGUGCUCGGGGAUAGGGAGUUCGGGGCCGUCUUCUUCCCGUUCAUGGGCCUCGGGCUGGAGGAGGGCUGGUUUGCCGGCCAUCCGUACGAGGUGCUCACUGGUGGAUUGGAUGCUCUGGAGGGGGCGUUGAAGGACCUAGAGGCCGGGAAGAACUCUGCCAAGAAGUACUUGCUGAGGAUUGGUGAGAACAAUGGAGUGAGCCAGUAG